AUGAACGAGGAAGACUCAUUAUCCAACGUCAAGUUUUAUGGUGUAUCAGACUCAAAUUUAUGCUGGGACAAGGAAGUGCGGGUGAAGUAUCAUUGA